AUGCGUUCACCCAACGAAUAUAGACAAAAGUGAUUUAAGAUAAUAAAACCUAAAAUUUCAAUAUUUUUUAUAUUUUUCCAAUUAAUUCAUCAGAGCUUUGACAUAUUAGACAAAUUACUUAUUUUUAGUUGGAGAAAAGUACGGUUGAAUUACAAAUUACUUUUCCCAACACUUGCGUCCACGUCGUUUUUAUGCGCAAAAUAUUAAUUCUUAGAUAAAAACUUGAUUCAUAUAUAAUAUAAAUAAAAGUAUGAAUACAUCAAUAAAGGAUAAACUUGAAACUGCAUUUUGUACUUUGUCUCAAGAAUCGAAAGGUUUAUUUUAUAUAAAAUUAUAUAUACCAACAGAAGUAUCUGAGGUACAUACAGUAAUAUCAGCUCUAACAUUUUAUAGAAAUUAUGUGUCUAAAAAUAUUCCUGUUGUAAUAAAGAAUGGAAUAAAACACUGGGCUGCUGUAGAUAAGUGGGAGAUAGAGUAUUUGAAAAGUAAAAUAGGUAAUAAGGAAAUCACAGUAGCUGUAACACCAAAUGGCUAUGCAGAUGCUAUAGCAAAAGAAAAAACCUUAUUUGGUACUAGUGAUAAAGAGUUUUUUGUAAUGCCAGAAGAAAGACGUAUGACCAUGAAUGCUUUUUUAGAAACGUUAGAAAAACCUUGUGAUGAUAGUAUUUUUUAUAUUCAAAAACAGAAUUCUAAUUUUGAAGAAUAUUCUGAACUUUGGAGAGAUAUUGAUAGUGACAUAUCUUGGGCAUCAGAAGCAUUUGGGUCAAAGCCAGAUGCUGUAAAUUUUUGGAUGGGUGAUCACAGGGCAAUAAGUUCAAUGCACAAAGAUCCAUAUGAAAAUAUUUAUUGUGUUAUUUCGGGAACAAAAGAAUUCAUUUUACAUCCACCAACAGAUUUACCUUGGAUACCAUACAACAAGUACCCAAUUGCUACUUACAAAGAAGUAAAACCAAAAAAGUGGAUUACAAAACUAGUGAAAAGUGCAUUUACUACUACAGACAAUUCAAAUACAAAUGAACUACUCUGUGAAGAAGACUUUGUGAAUUCUGUACCAUGGAUUUCCAUUGAUCCUUUGAAUCCUAAUUAUAAAAAGUAUCCAAGAUAUAAAAAUGCAACGAAAAUUCAAGUCAAAGUCGAUAAAGGUGACGUUCUUUAUUUGCCUUCAUUAUGGUUUCAUCAUGUAAAGCAAUCACACGCCUGUAUUGCCAUAAACUAUUGGUAUGACAUGGAAUAUGACAUAAAGUACGCGUAUUACAAAUUUCUGGAAACAUUAUGCAAAUAA